GAGGGCCAUCAAGCUCCCCUGCAAGCUUUUGCGUCUCUGGUUCAGCUCAAGGAACAGGGGAGAGUGGAGAGAGGAACGAGGGGAGCAGACGCAGGCCAUGACGAUGGAGCGAUCGGCUGCGGUGGCGCUGUUCUUGUUUGCAUUCCUUGCACUAGCCUCCAACGCACUCGCCAAGCGCUGCAUAUCUCCGCCGCGAGGGACGGUGAAGAUCUCGGAACUCACCUACGCCGGCGAUGGCUGUCCCCCAGGAAGCGCCGAAGGUGUCAUGUCAUCUGACGCGGAGGCGCUGACGGUGAUGUUCAGCAAUUACAGUGCUACGACGGACUCGACAAGUCAGGAUAGGAGGAAGGUCUGCACGUUGACGGUCAAGCUGAUUUACCCUGCGGGGUUUAUCUUCCAUUUGGGUACGUGCACCAUGCGCGGGUACGGAAUGCUUGAGGAAGGUGUCACGGGGACAGUUCAGACCAGUUACCAUAUCUCCGGGCUAGGCGGCACGUCGAGGACGACGCGGGUCAUGAAAGGCCCGUUCGACGACAACUUCGAGUUCACGGACAGAUUCGUUGGCGCCGCCUACAGCCAAUGUCGCAAAGUGAGGAACCUCAACAUCAAGUCGGAGGUGCGAGUCAAUCCUGGCACGUCGGGAAACCAGGGAUUGAUGACCAUUGAUUCUACGGAUCUGAAGCUAACGGAAGUCUUCCACCUCAGCUGGUCCAAAAAAGACGUGCGAAAGGGAUCGGCGGGGGUGCUGCGCUGCGCUAAUGUAGAACUGCGGACGGCGAGGCACGUGUACGGUUGUGACGAAGUUGACGAGUCAAAGGAAGUAGAUAUUGCCGUCGACUGGUCCGAAACGCGAGGGGCGCUCGGGGAUGACGAGCCGGAGAAGUCACGGGCGGAAGGGGUCGCCUUGGCGGAUGGAAAAGCGGACUCCGGCCUCUUGUCAACUGUCGCGGCGGCGGAAACCUUCCGCGUAGUCGGAAUGGCGCUCGACUUCAAGGAGUCAAGUCUGUACGUGCUUCAAAGACUUCAAUAUGACCGACUCACUCGUACGCGCGAUCCGGGCAGGAACAUUCGCGACUGUUCAGCGGACUCCGAGGUGCUCUGUCGCAUGCUUACCGGUGGCGGGACUUCCGUGAUAAUUGGAGGGAGGAGGAGAAGAGAGGGGGGGGGGGAGUUGUAAUUGCUUCGAUCUUCCGGCCAUUGGAUUGGUAUCCAUCGGGGGGGGUUAAAGUAGGUGCGUGUCCCAUCUUAAUAUGCGCGCCACACUGUCAUUUGAUGUAGAACUCAUUUCGCUUGCCGCUCGCAAUUAGGCUCGCAAAUAGAGUAUGACGGCGAUGGCGGAAGAUUGGUAUUCGAUUGACGGGAUUGUCGUGCGUCGCUAAUAAAGCCUUCCACGAUUC